AUGAGCAGCCUCGUGGAGCGGCUGCGCGUUCGGUCGGACAAGCGGCCCCGCUACACACUAGAUGAGUCCGACGACGACUUCCCGCCGCGCGGCGGGAACGGGAAGGGGAAGGAUCGAGAUGGCGACCCCCCUGUCAAGCAGAUCGAGCGCGAGGACGCGAAAGAAGAUGCUUGCCGAAAAUGUGGGCUAAGUGAUAAUCUUGUAUCUUGUACAACAUGUACAUAUGCAUUUCACCGGAAAUGUCUGGUUCCUUGCCUAAAUAUCACAUCUGAUAAGUGGAGCUGCCCUGAAUGUGUAAGCCCACUGACAGAGAUGGAGAAGAUAUUAGAUUGCGAAACGAAGGUUGCUUCUGAAGAGACUAGUUCUUCGGAGUCUGGAUCAAAUAAGAAACCUGUCAAGCAAUAUCUGAUAAAAUGGAAAGGAUUAUCACACAUUCACUGCACUUGGGUGUCAGAAGAUGAAUAUUUUGAGGCUGCGAAGAUACACCCUCGGUUGAAAACUAGAUUGAAUAACUUCAAUAGACAGUUUGAGUCGACGGAUAAAUCUGACGAUGACUAUGUUCCAAUUAGGCCUGAAUGGACAACUGUUGACAGGGUCCUUGCUAGCAGAAAAAACUCUAGUGGUGAAAGGGAGUACUAUGUGAAAUGGAAGGAACUUUCAUACGAUGAAUGCACAUGGGAAAGUGAGUCUGACAUCUCAGUGUUUCAACCUCAGAUUGAGCGCUACAAUGAGAUUCUGUCCAGGCGCAAGAAAUCUACUGACAAGAGUAAGAAUGCCGAUCGUGCGAUGCGUCAUGCUGAACAGACCCCCGAGUUUCUUACUGGUGGCAAACUACACCCUUAUCAGCUUGAAGGGUUAAACUUUCUGCGUUAUUCAUGGUCUAUUAAUAAACGUGUCAUCCUUGGUGAUGAGAUGGGUCUUGGGAAAACAAUACAAAGUAUUGCUUUUCUGGCCUCUGUGUCUGAAGACAAGUUUGGUCCCCAUCUAGUUGUUGCCCCUCUCUCAACCUUGCGAAAUUGGGAGCGUGAAUUUGCAACUUGGGCACCUCAAAUGAAUGUUAUUAUGUAUUUUGGAUCUGGAUCUUCUCGUGACAUUAUCAAGAAGUAUGAAUUUUACUAUUCCAAAGAUAAUCCUAAGAAGCUGAAGAAAAAUAAAUCAUCUUCAUCUAAUGAUGAAAAGAAGCAGUCAAGAAUAAAAUUUGAUGUCCUUUUGACAUCUUAUGAGAUGAUUAACAUGGAUUCUGCAGUCCUGAAAACUAUAGAAUGGGAGUGCAUGAUUGUGGAUGAGGGGCACCGCUUGAAGAACAAAGAUUCAAAGUUGUUUGGUCUACUUAAAGAUUAUCAUACUCAACAUCGUGUUCUCUUAACGGGGACCCCGGUUCAGAAUAACCUGGAUGAGCUUUUCAUGCUGAUGCACUUCCUCGAGGGUGAAACUUUUGGGAGUAUAUCUGAUCUCCAAGAGGAGUUUAAGGAUAUCAACCAAGACAAGCAAGUCGAGAAGCUCCAUGGAAUGCUGAAGCCACACCUUCUUCGGAGAUUCAAGAAAGAUGUUAUGAAGGAACUUCCUCCAAAAAAGGAGCUGAUUUUACGAGUUGAGCUGACAAGCAAACAGAAAGAAUACUACAAGGCAAUUCUCACCAAGAACUACGCCGUGUUAUCUCGUCGUGGUGGUGGACAUGUUUCCCUUAUAAAUGUCGUAAUGGAGCUGCGCAAACUUUGUUGCCAUGGAUUCAUGACGGAUGAACCUGAUACUGAGCCUGCGAGCCCAGAAGAAGGUUUAAGGAGGCUUUUAGAUUCUUCUGGAAAGAUGCAACUAUUAGACAAGAUGAUGGUGAAGCUGAAAGAGCAGGGUCAUAGAGUCCUUAUCUAUUCACAGUUCCAACAUAUGUUGGACUUACUGGAGGAUUAUUUAAGCUACAGGAAAUGGAGCUACGAACGUAUUGAUGGCAAGAUAGGUGGCGCUGAAAGGCAGAUACGAAUAGAUCGCUUCAAUGCUAAGACUUCUACUAGGUUCUGCUUUCUUCUUUCUACUAGAGCUGGUGGCCUGGGUAUAAAUUUGGCAACGGCUGAUACUGUAAUUAUCUAUGACAGUGACUGGAAUCCACACGCUGAUCUACAAGCUAUGGCAAGAGCCCAUCGUUUAGGGCAGACUAGCAAGGUUAUGAUAUAUAGACUUGUUAGUCGAGGUACAAUUGAGGAGCGAAUGAUGCAGCUUACAAAGAAAAAGAUGAUACUGGAGCACUUAGUUGUUGGGAGACUCACAAAGGCUAGUAAUGUCAAUCAGGAGGAGUUAGAUGAUAUUAUCCGGUAUGGGUCAAAAGAACUUUUUGAUGAUGACGAGGAUGAAGCUGGAAAGUCACGCCAAAUACAUUAUGACGAUGCUGCAAUAGAUAGGUUAUUGGACCGUGACCAAGUCGACGAGGAAGAAUAUUUGGAAGAUGAAGAAGAUGACGAAUUUCUGAAAGGUUUCAAGGUUGCGAACUUCGAGUACAUAGAUGAAGCUAAAGCUUUAGCAGCAAAAGAGGAGGCACGCAAAAAAGCGGAAGCUGAAGCCGCAUCCAAUAAAGCAAACUAUUGGGAAGAAUUAUUGAAAGACAGAUGCGUUGAGCAAGAAGUAGAAGAAAUUGCUAUGGGAAAAGGAAAAAGAAGCCGCAAGCAGAUGGCUGCUGCUGAUGAGGAUGACAUUACUGGCCUGCACGAGUUAAGUUCUGAAGACGAGGAUUACUCCUAUGAUGAUGAUGUGUCGGAUAAUGACACGAGUUUACCAGCAAAUGUUUCUGGGAGGAAGGCUCAGUAUUCUAAGAAAAACUCACGUAAUGUAGAUUCACUCCCUUUGAUGGAGGGUGAAGGGCGUGCUUUAAAAGUUUAUGGAUUCAAUCAUGUUCAACGAACACAAUUCCUACAGACACUCAUGAGGUAUGGUUUUCAGAACUAUGAUUGGAAAGAGUAUCUUCCUCGUUUGAAGGGGAAAAGUGUUGAGGAAAUUCAGAGCUAUGUUACAAAAACCUUGGAUAAGAUUACUUGCAAUCAGAGAGACCUCAUAUGCCAUUUCACAAAAUAUGGUGAGCUUGUCAUGGCCCAUCUUGUAGAGGACACAAAUGACUCACCAACCUAUGCAGAUGGUGUGCCGAAGGAAAUGCGUGCUGAUGAGACAUUGGUCAGGCUAGCCAAAAUAUCACUUGUGGAGGAGAAGGUGGCUGCCAUGGAGCAAGGAAAAAUUACAAAACUCUUCCCCAACUACUUGAUGUAUGAAUUUACUGGCUUAUCAGGUGGAAGAAUAUGGAAAGGGGAACAUGAUCUACUGUUACUGAAAGCAUUAAUAAAGCACGGGUAUGCCAGGUGGCAAUACAUAUCAGAUGACAGAGAUAACGGGCUAUUUGAAACUGCUCGACGGGAGCUUAAUCUUCCUUCUGCUAAUGAAUUGAUUAGUUCUCAGUCAAACAAUGAGGCAAAUGGAAAUCUGGAAAGCACACAGGAAGUGCAGGUGAACCCAACGAGCUUAUCUCAAUACAGGGACAUCCAGAGAAAGAUUGUUGAGUUUAUCAGAAAGAGAUACCAUAUUCUGGAAAAAUGCUUGGACAUUGAAUAUGCCGUGAUAAAAACAAAUACUCCUGUUCCUGAUGAUCUGACUGAACAAAAUGUUCCUAUGGGACAUAGCCCAGCUGUUCCAGAUAUCAGUGAAGUGUUGAGAGAACUUCCCCCUCUUGUACCAAUUUCUGCCAAAGAAGUGGCUUCUGAUGGCUCAACUGACCAGGCACACCUUUCCCAUCUUUACAACAAGAUGUGCGGUGUGCUUGAGGACAGUGGCCCACGUGCACUCAAUUCGUUCUGUGGUGACAAGGCAGCCUCUGCGAGUCUAGCCAACAGCCUCCAUCAGUUUGAGAAAGUAUGCGAGGACGUUGAUCGGGUCUUGAGAGUCCAAGAGAACGGUGCUGCUACCCCCAAAGAACAAGUGGUAGAUGCCAGCGUCGAAGAAGCCAAGGCUCCACAAGUGCCUUCACAAGAUGCAGGCGUUGUGGCGGCGAACGGUGUCGGGCCUUCGACGGUAAAGCCGGAGGACAAAAUGGAAAUCGAUGGUUGA